GUCGGUGAUCAGCUGACCCGCAGUGUGACGCAACCUGAGUGAAAGAUGGCGGCGUCCUUGUGCAGGUGCUCUGGGCUCUUGCUCAGGAGAAGCACAGUCCUGUCUGCAGCAUGUCGGAAUCCUGUGUUAAGUUCAGGCAGGGUCCAGGGGUGCCAGUCAGUGGCUGUACAGCGCUGCUAUGCCUCGGGAGGGCGCAGAAGCUUCCUGGGCGAGUUCGUGGACUCUCUGAAGCAGGAGCUGAACAAGAACAAGGAGAUGAAGGAGAACAUCCGGAAGUUCAGGGAGGAGGCCCGUCGGCUGGAGGAGUCUGAUGCGCUGCAGCAGGCCAGGAGGAAAUAUAAAAGCAUCGAGUCAGAAACAGCUCGGACCUCUGAGGUGCUGAAGAAGACUCUGGGGUCUUUAUCAGACUCGGUUAAAGAGGGCUUUGAGGAGGUGGGCCGUACUGACCUGGGUAAGAAGAUAAAGGAGGGAGUGGAGGAGGCAGCCAAAACUGCCCGAACCUCAGCAGAGUCUGUAUCCAAGAGCAGUGAGGUGCUGGGAAAGACCAACGCUUUCAGGGUCAUCUCACAGGGUAUGGAGACGGUGAAGAAGGAGAUGGACGAGGUGGUACAGGGCGGGCCGUACCGUGCCCCGUCCCAACUGAGGAAGAGGAGCGAGUUCUCAUUUAAAUCAGCCGAGAACGAGACCAGAGUGUUUGAAGCCAAUGAGGACGCUACUGGAGUUGUGCUGCACAGAGACUCAAAGUGGUUUCAGCAGUGGAAAGACUUCAAAGACAACAACGUGGUGUUUAACAGAUUCUUUGAGAUGAAGAUGAAAUAUGACGAGAGUGAUAAUGCGCUCAUCAGAGCCUCACGCGCACUUACAGACAAAUUCUCCGACAUUAUUGGUGGUAUGUUUUCCAAGACGGAGAUGUCUGAAGUGCUAACAGAGAUCCUCAAAGCUGAUCCCAACUUUGAUAAAGACUCCUUCCUCCGCCAGUGUGAAAAUGAUAUCAUUCCCAAUAUCUUAGAGGCAAUCAUUAGAGGAGAGCUGGAUGUUCUUAAAGACUGGUGUUAUGAAGCUACGUACAGUCAGCUCGCACACCCUAUUAAGCAAGCUGUAGCCAUGGGCCUGCAGUUCCAGUCCAAGAUCCUGGAUAUCGACAACAUUGAUCUGGCCAUGGGGAAGAUCAUGGAUCAGGGACCUGUACUGAUCAUCACCUUCCAGGCACAGAUGGUCAUGGUGAUCCGGAGCCCUAAGGGUGAAGUAGUGGAAGGAGACCCUGAGAAGGUGUUGAGGAUGAUGUACGUGUGGGCGCUGUGCAGGGACCAGGAGGAGCUCAACCCACACGCUGCCUGGAGACUACUGGACAUGUCCGCAUCCAGCACUGUGCAAGUGAUCUGAGAGGAACUCACACACUCAACACCACACAACACACACACACGUACAUAAACACAGUCUUAUACACACAUGUACACACAGACAAUCAGUAAUUUACAUUGCUAAUGGCGUCUCUAUUGGAAAACCAGCAGACCUCCUACACACACUACCUGAACAGCCUUUAGAGGGCAGGUAAGAGCAUCUGUGUGUGUUGUGCUGCUGGGGACGGACACACUUCACGUUUGUUACCUCACACUCACACAAAAUCAUCCUCUGUUUAUUUAUUCUUAUGAGUGUACAAGCUUUUUUUUUAUAACAUUUGAUUAAACAUAGGAUAUUUUUUUUUUAAACAUGUAUUAAUUUAUUCAUUGAGAUGCUCCAUGCUCCGCCCCCUAAUGCAAAAUUUUGUAGCAGUUUUUUUGAAGUUAGGGUCCAAUCCCAUUUUACCCCUUGACCCUACCACUUAGCCCUACCCCUCUGUUUUGUGUCUGUAGGUCUAGGGGUAGGGUGUCCUGAUUCUUGUUAGGCUGGAGGGGUAGAUUAGAGUAAGUGUUAGCAAUAUAUGACCCUUCAAACAGAGAUUUUUCAGAGACACACUCAAAACAGAGGCACAAGCACCGAAAAAAAAACGUCAAAUUUGAGUAUUUUCUUGAGUAUUAACCUCUAUAAUACCAUCGUUUUAAUGUGUAGUUAGCUAACUUUCCCAUUCGGUGAAUCAUGCUGCUACCCUAUCAGCAGCCGGAGUCUGAGAGAGCACAAUUGAGAUGCUUUCUCUCUCAUAUCUGAGUUGGAGAUCCAAUGCUUUCUUUGCCACAGAGUGCACUGGCGGACGCUCAGUGGCAAAAACACAUGUAUCGGAGGAGGCAUGUGCUAGUCUUCACCCUCUUAGUAUUGGGGGGGCAUUACUAGUGAUAGGAUGAGCUCAUUUGAUUGGUGAAUGGGUAAUCAAUAUUGGAAUUUGAAGAGAAAAUUGGGUAAACUUGCAGCCUCAGCUUUCUGCUCUUGAUGGACAGAAGUGGAGCAAAUGCUUUUGUAGCUCAUUCACCACAAAGCGGUUGAUGGAACAAUUACUUAAAGCUGCUGGUUUACAUGUUUGGCAGAUUGUAGAAUUUCAUGAAUGACUAUCUGUACUACAAUUGCUGUACUGCAAUUGUUAAGAAGGUCAGCUCUAACCUCAGAACAGUUGCUACAGUAUAAGUAUUGAUGGGCAGAACAUGGACAGUUCAACUUCAAGUGUUUUAAGUUAAAUAAGUGGGACCACAUGAAUGGGAAGGAUGUUAAGCUCAGUAGUUAUAUAUGUUACUGUACCUCUGAUCUGCUCAAAUCAGAGGACAUCUCAUAUUGCAUUGUAUUACUGUAUGUUGAUCUAUAGAAUUUAUGUACUUCGAGAGGCUGGAUGCUGCUAAACACAGAGAAUACCUGAAAUCACGAUUUUUUUAAAAUGUAGAAGCUGUUAUUAGGCAGCACACCAUAAAUGACCAUCAUUAUUUAGCCAGAAAUGGCAAUCUUUGAGUCCAAGCACAUUAAUGAGUGAGAGUGAUUGGCCUACAAAUGUUUAACUUUCCAAAAAAAUGCAUAGAUUAUUGUUUUACAUAUGUGCUGAACAGUUUUAGUUUCAAAUUAAUUAAAAAUACUACUAUACAGUAUAUUUCAGUUUUAGCCUAUUAAGGUUUGAGUGCAAAAAAUGAGAGAUUUACAUUAUUAGUUUAUUCUAACUUCUGUUAGUCACUGAAAUGAUUGUUGUUAAUAAAACAACUCAUGUUUCCUGAGGCAGAAUUUUACAGUUGGCCAGACUUUUGUGGCCUUUUCCCCUCCAGUGAUGGGGUGAGAGUAAUGCACUGUAGAUAAUAGUGUUGAAUAAGUGUUUCAUUCCUUUUUUACAUGCAUUGUCAUGUGUUUAGGCAUUUUUACAUACUGUUAUUAUGUGUCCCAUUAAUGAAAAAUACUUUAUUAUAUCUUUUUAUGGGACAACAGAAGAUAAAUGAAACUUGGAUAUCAUUUAGAGUAUGCAGUGCACAGCUCGUAUAGCAGAAUAGAUUUACUUUUGUGUAACCACCAUUAGGGGUGGGCGAUAUGGCCCUAAAAUAAUAUCACGAUAUUUCAUGGUAUUUUCGCGAUAACGAUAUACUUGGCAAUAUGACAAUUUUUUUUAUUUAUUAUUUCAAAAAUACGCUAUACACGGCAAGAACAUAAAAAUAUUUUAUUAUUACAUACAAUAUAAUACUGCACACCCCUAAGUGAGAUAUUAAAAAAAUACAAGAAUUUUCAGAUUUGUAACAGAAAUCAUUGAUCCAGAAUGUCAUGAUUAUAAUAAUAUUGCACUCCAAAUUUCUCCAUAUAUCCAGGAUUAAAGUAAAAUAAAUGCUACUGGACAGAUAUAAUCUCUAGUAGAUAAAUAUAAUGGGAAAUGGAAUAGGUGGUAUGGCACGAUAUUUUAGGGUAUAAUAUUGUUCACAAUAUUUAAACAAUUUGACGAUAUUAUCGUGUUUACGAUAUGAUAUGACACACCCCUAACCACCAUUAUUAUGUAGUAUUGCUUUAACUCUCUUGGGCAUUCACUAGUUCACUAGAGCUUAACCGGUUGCUACUGGAAUUCUCAUUUACUCCUCCACUUUCCGCUUGAGGAUGCCCCACAGGUGCUCAAUUAGUGUUUGGGGUCACUGUCUUAACAAGUCACAUGACACAAGGAGGGGACAACAACACAUUUGGGUACAAAUGGUCACAGUUCACAGACAUGUUCACUGUGAGGUGUGCUUGCUUGUGUUUUCAGUUAUUUGGACAUUAAUGGCUUUGUGUUGAGUAAUCUUCAGAGGACAGUAAAUCUUUACUGCUAUUUAAGCUGUACACUGACUAUUCUUAAGUUAUAUCUAAGUUUAAAUGCUAUAGUGUCGUCCCAUGAAAAGAUAUAAUUAAAUAUUUACAGAAACGUGAGUGAUAUCUUUAAUUUUGGGCAAUACUGUGUGAUCGUGUAUAUAUAGUUACUACAUAUAGUAAUUAUAUAUUUUUCCUGUUUAUUGUCAUUGUCACUAAAACUCUAACUCUAUAUUCUAUUCAUUGACUGACUUCUAGAGGUGGAACAUGAAAGCACAAUAUUGUGUUUGCUCUGUAGCCUCCAGAAUAGUGUCAGAAUUUAUUUUCAUGCAAAAAAAUAAAAAUAAAAUAAAACACAGCAGAUCUACACUGUUUAAAAAAAUAAUAAUAAUAAUAAACACCACUGUAGUACUCUGUGGUAAAGUGAGAAACUGACACACUUUGCUGUACACACGUUUUUUCUAUAUUUGUCACUGGAUUAUAUGAAUUAUUGAAUUAAAUAAAACAUAUUUACACACAACUGUACCUUAAACUGUUAUUCUCAACAAAACUUAAUUAACCAAAAAAACAAUCUCAAUAGUGAUAAAAUACAGUAGUAACUAUAAAUUAAGUGAAGAGUUAGCUGCCUGAAGCAUGAGUUCAGUAUUAUUCAGGAAUAUUGAAUUUUGUUCAUGAAUAUAUGAUUUUUAAGUUCCUUAUUUAUGUUUUUAUGGCAGCUACACCACCAUAUGCCACAGUACAACCCAGUUUUGUUUGUCCUUAAAGGAAGCUUGUGUAAUAUAAUUACUUUUAUUUUUUCAAUAUUGACCACUGUGUAUGUUCUAAUUAUGUAAUGAAGUUGUUUUUAUUUAUGUGUUGGAUUUGCAGAGAAUAAAGGAAAUUCCAAAGUGUG